GCUGAUGACGUUCUUUCAUCGCCGGCGAUUGAAAAUGACGUAGACACAAAGCAUGCAGCCGGGCUUAAACAGAAGGUAGAGCUCGCUGGAGUUUGGAUUUAGCAGCAGCAUGUCCUCUGAUGCACUCAAUGAUUCCCGAAAUGAAGGAAAUGAGCAGGAGGUGCAAAGUGGAGAAACGGAAACCCUGUCAAAGAGACAGAGAAAGAAGCUUCUCAAACAGCAGCAGUGGGAGGAACAGAGAGACAUGCGCAAGCAGAAGCGCAAGGAGCGAAAGCAGCAGAGGAAAUUAGAAAGACAGGCGCAGACUGAGGACAGAACAGACUGUCCCGACAGGAAGCGCUUUCGCAAAGAGGCAGAGCCCAGUCCUCUCCGCCUGGUCAUAGACUGCAGCUUCGACAGCCUCAUGAUGCUCAAGGAUGUAAAGAAGCUUCACAAGCAAAUCCAGAGAUGCUAUGCAGAGAACAGACGAGCAGAACACCCAGUCCAGUUUUAUAUCACGAGUCAUGGUGGGCAGUUGAAACAAAAUAUGGAUGAAAUUAACAAAGGCUGGGUCAAUUGGAAGGAUGUCCAUUUCAAGUCGGAGUCAUUUCAUGAAGUCCUGAGCAAAGAAGAUCUGGUAUACCUCACCUCAGAUUCGCCCAACAUACUGCAAGAGCUUGAUGAAGCCAAAGCCUAUGUGAUUGGAGGACUAGUGGACCACAACCACCAUAAAGGAAUCUCCUUUAAACGAGCUAACGAGCUUGGAAUCGCUCAUGCUCAACUUCCACUAGGCAGUUUUGUCAAGAUGAACAGCCGCAAAGUGCUCGCUGUGAACCAUGUAUUUGAGAUUAUGUUGGCAUAUCUGGAGAAAGGUGACUGGCAGGAGGCCUUUUUCACCGUCCUGCCCCAACGCAAAGGAGCUGUACCUGUGGACCAAGAGAACAAACAGGAGAAAGAUGAGGAGGACGAGGAGGAUGAGGAAGACUCGGAUACGUGUGAGCCUGAGUCACAAAAGAGCAAAGAUUCAACGGACCAAAGAAAUUACAAACAGAAAGAACAUGAAUCUCCUCAGAGACAGCUAGAUUCAUGUAAAUGGACUGUUGUGUAAUUAAAAGUAGGGAAAGACUUGUUUUGGGUGAAGCUAUCGUUUGGAAUUCUUAGGUUGAAGUUAAUGAUAAUACUGGAAAUUUUCUUUCAAAGAAUUACUUUUCAUCAAAGUCAUUUUGAGAUCUAAACAUUUCUCUGCCAAUAAAGUUAAGAUCUAAUCUCCUGC